CUUUCUGCGCGCCGCCAUUCCGAGAGCAGGACGCGGCCGAGCUCCGCUCUGCUGCCGCGCGUGGCCCCGGCCCGGCCGCCCUUCACCGCCUCUCCCCCGCGGGUGCCGGCCUCGACAUGCAGAUCUUCGUGAAGACCCUUACGGGGAAGACCAUCACCCUCGAGGUUGAGCCCUCCGAUACUAUAGAAAAUGUGAAAGCUAAGAUUCAGGAUAAGGAAGGAAUUCCUCCUGAUCAGCAGCGACUGAUUUUUGCUGGGAAGCAGCUGGAAGAUGGCCGCACGCUGUCUGACUACAAUAUCCAGAAAGAAUCAACUCUUCACCUUGUGCUGAGACUGCGUGGUGGUGCUAAGAAAAGAAAGAAGAAGUCUUACACCACCCCCAAGAAGAACAAGCAUAAGAGGAAGAAGGUUAAACUUGCCGUGCUGAAGUACUACAAGGUGGAUGAGAACGGCAAGAUCAGUCGUCUGCGCCGAGAGUGCCCCUCUGAGGAGUGUGGGGCGGGAGUCUUCAUGGCUAGCCACUUCGACAGACACUAUUGUGGCAAGUGUUGUCUGACAUACUGCUUCAAUAAGCCUGAAGACAAGUAAAUGUACUAGACAAUAAAAAUCUGAAGUUCUGUA